UCCCCCCCUCAAUGAGUGUCCGGGUUCCCCCCUCCCCACCCCAGCCACCUGCACCAAGAACUCUCAUCGCUCACGAUAGGCGAUGAAUAACUUUUCCAAGUUGUCGCACAAAGGACACUUUUUCAUAUUUAAAUAUUUCUAUUUUUCUCCUAUUCAUUCAUUUUUAGUUUCCAUUUGUGUUUUAAUCUGUUUGUUGGGGGAAGCACUACGAAGUGCUCCUGGGUUCAGAAGUCAGAGGCCUUAGCAACGGGCCAGAGGUCCCUAGCAACCACAACAUAUCAGAGGCGGAGGGGUUUUCAAGCAAGGACUGGCCUCCCCGGACACCGAGAUGCUCAGUUCUCCUAUUUAUCCGCUUUCUAAUCCCAAGGGUGUCAAACUAGAGUGUGAGAUGUGCCAAAAAACCGCUUAUGUUAUGUGCUCCCAAUGCAGAGUGACUUAUUACUGUGAUGUAGCACACCAAGAGGCAGAUUGGAAUGGGAUCCAUGAGAAGAUUUGCCAGCUCCUGAUUCCAAUACGGACAACACCAACAUUCCUCAGCUCUGCAAAAGAGAGAAAACACAAUGAGGAGCAGUUGAUCCAGAGACAGAAACACCUCAUUAAUCUGACACGGACAGUGGCCCAGAAACUUCUUUUUGAGGGUAAACACGAGGAAGCUAUUCCUGGAGCCUUGCAGUCUCUGCGCUUUGCAACUUCUGUUUAUGGUAGCACCUCUGCUGAGCUAGUGCCAUCUCAAUUACUCUUGGCAGAGGCCAGUAUCGGCCUUGGGCGGUUAGAUGAAGCAGAAGAAUACCUCGCUCAGGCUCAGUGGACAGUGAUGAGGACCACAGAGUGCGUUAAUGCCACCCAAUACAAAUUGUACCGAAACUUGGGCCUCUUGUACACAGCCAAAGGCGACAAUGAGAAAGCGCUCUGGUACUUUGCUGAUGAUAUUUACCAUGCUACUCAGGUGUUUAGUGCAUCUGAUGUUCACACAGCUGGUGGGUACUUUCACAUGGCUAACGUGUUUUACAGAAUGAAAAAGAUGGACAUAGCAGAUUCGCUGUACUCGGAGGUAACUAAUAUCUGGAACACUUUCCUGGGUGAGCUGGUUGAGACAGAGAUACAAAAAACACUGUGGAAAGCUGGCAUCAGUUCACCAGAACCAGGCACCACUGUUUUGGAAUUGGAGGAUGUUUUCGAUGAAGCCCAGGAAGCAGAAGCAGUUCAAAUCCUGCAUGCAGUUUUUGACCUGCGAAACCAGGAGUACCUUCCGAAACAAGGCAAAAUUGGAAAAAUUGCUCUCACCCUGGCUAUGCUUUAUUACCUAUUCUUGGAUUUUAGAAAGGCAGUUGAAUAUGCAAAACUGGCCCUGGAGGACAGCCAGUCACUUUCACACAAUGAGAAAGAGAUUGCCAGCAUCUCUCGGCUUCUCGAGAUGGCUGAAAAGGCACUUUCAUAUCCUGGAGAAAAGGGACCAUCCCCUUAUGCGUGGGCUAACUCAUGCUAAAAGUUGUUAUGCCUACGUUUCAGUGUAAAAAGAAAUGGAGCACUGGUUGCAUUUUUAUAUACUCACUUGGCAGUGGUGAAAAAAAACACAUAGGAACAGAGAUUACAAUAAGUCAGGGGAUGCAAACUUCAACUG